GUUUUCUGAAUCAUCUCAGUCUAGUGAAACUUCAACUAUUGUAAAUAUGUUAGAUAAUAAUUUUGGAUUAAAUUCACUAAUGAAUAUAUCACUAUUAUUAAGAAAUAAAAUACAAAAAAAAUGUGUUAAUGAAUCUAUUGACAAAUUAUCUAGUAAGGAAGCAAAGAAGCAAGUUUUAAAAAAAGAUUCUUUUAUAUUAAAAAAACUUAUUGAAAAAUUGACAUCAAUAGUAUCUGAAAAUUCUGAGAAAAUAAUAGAAGUUAAUGAAAAUACAAAUAAUUUUUUAUAUCAUUAUAACAAAAUUUCAUAG